GAUGGAGGAGCUAAGGUUCGGGCCCCGCCUGAGAGGUUGAGACCCGCCGGCGCUGGGGACCCGGCGUCAGCUUCGGAGCCUAGGAGUUUUGAGUUGGGUGGGGGGAGGGAAAUCGUCAAACGGAGGCCGAGGGAAAUGAGGCGGAGGCCGCCGAGAAGCGAAGAGCCCCGCCCCUCCGCCAGAGCGGCCUCCCAGUGCCGCCUCUUCCUUUACAGCCUCUCGCCCUCCCCUGCCUUCCGGUCGUAGGCCGGGCCAGGCGUCGCCGGCCCCCUCCGGAGUAACCCCUGAGCUGUGGCCCUUUGGGCAGAGGAGAUGCCCAAUCUCUGCUUGGGACUCUUGUCGAAAAGGAAACGGCUGGAACGGGCUUCGGACCAGGGUGGGAGGGCAGAAGGUGGCCCCUGAAGCCGGCGGCCAGCAAGGCCUCUGGUCCCGAGGACCCUGGGUCCGAACAACACCCCUUGCCCCCGAGGAUGUUAGUCUUACCCAGGGCGUCCAGGGCUCCGAUUCAGCAGGUUUUCCUGUCUGCUCAGAUGGGACCCUCCCUGCCUGUAGGCUACACGUCUUCUGUGGUCGCUGGGUCUAGAGCUUGAGUCUGGAGAGACGAAAGGAAGAAUGGAAGCCUGGUGAAGAGGCAGAGAAGCCUGAGGGAGCUCAGCCCUGGCAGCAGGCCCCCUGAGUUCCUGGUGGUGAGAGGAUGUGGCCCCUGGACCCAUCCCGGAAAGAGGUCCUGGGGUUUGCAGUCAGCUGCCGUGUCCUGACUCUGGCGCUGCAGGCUCUCUUCAACGCCAUCAUCCCAGACCAUCGUGCAGAAGCCUUCUCUCCUCCUCGCCUCGGCCCCUCUGGCUCUGCAGACCAACUCGUGGAAGGUCUUCUGGGUGGCCUGUCUCACUGGGACGCUGAACACUUCCUGUUCAUUGCCGAGCACGGCUACCUGUAUGAGCACAACUUUGCCUUCUUCCCUGGUUUCCCCCUGGUCCUGUUGCUGGGGGCUGAAUUGCUGAGACCCCUGUGGGGGUUGCUGAACCUACGGAGUUGCUUGCUCAUCUCAGUAGCUCUGCUCAAUUCCUUGUUUUCCGCGCUGGCUGCACUUGCACUUCAUGACCUGGGCUGUUUGGUUUUGCACUGUCCCCGCCAGGCCUUUUAUGGAGCGCUGCUCUUCUGCCUCAGCCCCGCCAAUGUCUUCCUGACUGCUGGCUACUCAGAAGCUCUAUUUGCUCUCCUGACAUUCAGCGCCAUGGGGCAGCUGGAAAGGGGCCGAAGCUGGACUAGUGGACUCUUUUUCGCCCUUGCCACUGGUGUACGCUCCAAUGGGCUAGUCAACAUUGGCUUCCUCAUACAUUCUCAGUGCCAAGGCUUUUUCUCAUCUCUCACGGUGCAGAAUGCUCUGAGACAGCUCUUGAAGCUGAUGGGCUCUGUGUUCCUAUCAGUGUUCACACUCGGCCUUCCCUUUGCCCUCUUUCAGUAUUACGCCUAUACCCAGUUCUGUCUGCCAGGCUCAGCCCACCCCAUUCCUCAGCCCUUGCUGCAACUAGCUGUAGACCAGGGCUACCGAACUGCGGAGGGAAACAAGCCACCUUGGUGCUCCUGGGAACUUCCCCUAAUAUACAGCUACAUCCAGGAUGUCUAUUGGAAUGUUGGCUUUUUGAGAUACUAUGAACUCAAGCAGGUGCCCAAUUUUCUACUGGCUGCACCGAUGGCUAUAUUGGUUGCCUGGGCAACUUGGACAUAUGUGACCACCCACCCUUGGCUCUUCCUUACACUUGGGAUGCAAAGGAGCAAGAACAAAAGGACCCUAGAGAAGCCUGAACCUGGAUUCCUCAGUCCUCGGGUGUUUGUGUACCUGGUCCACGCUGCAGCGCUGCUGCUGUUUGGCAGUCUAUGCAUGCAUGUUCAGGUUCUCACCAGGUUUUUAUGCUCCUCCACUCCUAUUGUGUACUGGUUUUCAGCUCACUUGCUUCUGGAUCAAGAACCGCUGCUGAGAUCCCUAGAGGCUGUGCCUGGGAAGCCUCCUGCAGGGCAUCCCCCACCAGGACAAAAGGUCCCCAGAAACUCUAUGAUGGGACUGUUGUACAACUGGAAAACUUGUUCUCUGGUCACACGAUGCAUCCUAGGCUACUUCGUGACUUACUGGCUCUUGGGACUACUCCUCCAUUGCAACUGGCUGCCUUGGACAUAACCUGGAGACCUAGGGGACAGGCCUGAAGCAGACGUAACCAGGGUCUGAAAGUACAAAUACACUCUGGGGCUGCCUGUGCUCCCUGGAAUCCUUACUCUGUCCAUUAGAACCUCUCUCUCUAGCUGAACAUUGGUUAGGAAUGGAAGAAGUGAAAGCCUCUAGAGAGCCCUUUCUGGUCCUUGCUGUGGUUAAUUUUAAAGUAGUAACUGGUUUCUCUAUAAAGGAAGAAAUCUUAUUCCAGAUCUGUGUUGUCAGUCAAUCUUAGCAGAGAUAGUCUUAAGCUUACCACCUACCCACGUGUAAAUUUAAAUAUAAAUUUCAUCAAAGGCUCUAGCUGACAAGCUGGUCAUAGUCCACACAGUGAUGAUGAUGGACGCCUGAACAGUGUAGCAGCAAUAGUAAGUAAAAUGGGACCAUCUUUUCCAAA